GGAUCUAUCAACAACGAUACGUCGGGUGCGUGGACGGUGAUUGAUCGUCCUCUCACCACAAACAUGAACAACCUAGCUUCUGUCGUCACGAACUACCCGGUAGAUCAGUUCCCUAGCGCCGCGUUCAACAGCACCCAAGCCUUCCUUCAUUACCGUGCAGACGAGCAUUUGGCUCAUCUCCAAGUUCAGCGGAACUUUGCACAUAGCCGCCAAGAUGCAGGAAAAUGCUUUAUCGCACGCCACAAGUUUAGACAACUGAUUGAGCAAUAUUACCCUCCGUCCAAAGCCGAUGAUGGCCCAUUCAUACCAUACUACCACGACUUCCGUCCCAAGAACAUGCUCGCUCGGUACGAGGAAGGGUCACUGAAGAUAGCAGCAGUUCUGGAUUUCGAGUUCACCAACACCAUGCCCGCUCAAUUCGCUUACGACCCACCAUGGUGGCUCGCCAUGGUCAGUCCUGGCCUUAUGCUUGAGCAAUUGGCUAUCAAGGACUUCGAAGCCAUGUAUGUACCAUGCUUGGAACGAUUCCUCCAAGCCAUGACGAAGGUUGAGGCGAAGCAGAAAGCGUAA